GUCAGACAGCACUGAGGGCAGCGUGGGGAGGGACGCUGACACGGCGGAAGGGCUGUUCCUGUUUUUGUGGACUCCUCCCUCCGCUCCACACCCAGCAGCUGGAUCCUCUCCGGGCGGACGGAGGUCACGGAGCCCGGCGGAGGAGGAGGAGGACAUGGCCCGGGCCAACAUCUCGGUGACGGAGAGUCAGUUCCGGUGCCCCAUCUGCCUGGAGCUGCUGACGGACCCGGUGUCCAUCCCCUGCGGACACACCUACUGCAUGGACUGCGUCAACAGCUACUGGGACCAGGCGGAGGCGGCCCAGCUCAGCUGCCCUCAGUGCCGGGAGACGUUCAGCCCUCGGCCGGUGCUCCGGAGGAACACGGUGCUCGCCGAGGUGGUCGACAAACUCAAGCUGAGCGAGAUGGUGGUGGCGCCGCAGCUCUACCUGCUGGGGGUCGGGGAGGUGCCGUGCGACUUCUGCCCCGCGGAGGGGAGGCUGCGGGCGGUCAAGUCGUGCCUGGUGUGCCUGGCGUCCUUCUGCGAGCUCCACGUCCUGCCGCACCGGGAGGUCGGCACCCUGCGGCGGCACAAGCUGGUGGCGGCGGUGGAGUGUCCGGCGGAGCGGCUGUGCGCUCAGCACCGGCUCGGCCUGGAGCCCGCGGGCAGCGGCACCGAGGCCGCGGUGGAGUGGAGCGGGGACUGUCUGCUGUGUGAGGCCGAUCAGGAGGAGCUGCACGGGGCGGACGCUCAGAGAACCAGGAGACAGCUCCAGCUCCAGGAGUCUCAGCGGAUGUUUCAGGGGAGGAUUCGGAUCGGAGAGCGAGAGAUAGAAGAGUUUCGACAGAGCUUAGAGUCCCUGAAGGUGUCAGCGUCGGCUGUUCUGGAGGACAGUGAAGCUCUGUUUGCUGACAUGUCCGUUCGUCUGGAGAAAACCAAGGCAGAGGUUCGAGCGAGGCUGGAGGCGAAGGAGCGAGCGGUGGUGGGGAGGGCCGAGCGCGACAUCGAGAUGCUGGAGAAAGACGUGGAGGAGCUGAGGAGGAGAGACGAAGAGAUCAGUCAGCUGCUGCAAACUGACAACAACACACACUUCUUGCAGGUGGCUCCUCUGCUGUGCGUCCCGCUCGCCUCUGGUCGGCACUCCAGAGCCCCCAGCUUGCCCACAGAGGCCUUCAGCGGCGCCAGGAGAGCGCUGUGCCACUUCCGCAGCCGAAUGGAGGAGGUCUGCAGGGAGGAGGUGGACAAAAUCAGCCGUGCAGUCAAUGAGAACUACAUGUCUGGUGGAGAGUGUGUAAAAGGUGGCAGAAAUCAGUGUGCGGAGAACACCGAACCUCAGCAAAUGCAGCUGCCUGCAGGUCAACAUGCUACCACAAGGGCAGUGCCCGUGUCAUUCCCUCUGUCCUCUUUGUCUCUGCAGCCGGCUGAUCAGAGGAUGAGGACAGCUUUCCUCAGGUUUUCGUGUCGUCUGUCGUUGGACCCAGACACAGCCCACCCCACUCUGAUUCUCCUGGAGGGGCCCCAGGGUGCCCACUGUGGCGAGGAGCCCCAGUCCUACCCCCCUCACCCACAGCGCUUCGAUUCAGUGGCUCAGGUCCUGUGCAGGGAAGGCCAGUUCGGUGGUGCCAGUUACUGGGAGGUGGAGUGGAGGGGCGGGGGAUGGAUCGACAUCGGCGUCACUUAUCGAGGUAUUGGACGUAAAGGUGGCGGAAAGCCCUGCCUCUUAGGGCGCAAUGAGAACUCCUGGCGGCUGAGGUGCACACACGCAGGAUAUGCCGCCUGGCAUGACAACCGUAAGACCACAGUGGCUGCGCCACCCUGCCCCAGGAUCGGCGUGUUCCUGGAACGCCAGAAAGGAGUGUUAUCCUUCUACAGCGUGUCGGACACAGUGGUGCUUCUGUACACAUUUCGUUGCCUGUUCUCACAGCCGCUGUACCCGGCCUUCCGUCUGGACCUGGACUCCACACUGCUCAUCUGCCCUCAUGAGAGAGGCAACGGAAACACAACCUAACCCCCCGCCUCAUUCAGGACCCUUCAUUUACAGUACCUCCUGCAGAAAAGGGCUGUUCACUCUGCUUAUGGAUAUUACUAAAACGCGAGGGUUGCUGGUGAAGUGGUAACAACAUCAGGAAGAAGUAUCACAGUCAGGAAUCAGACAACUUUCAUUUUCAUUUGUGUGACUUGUGGCAAAGACAGAUUUUUCUUCGUGUUUUUUUGUUGUAAAUUGCCUUCGAUUGCAAAAUAUUCUGUUGGAUGAAUCGGGCUGAGCUGUCCAGUGAACACUGUAGCAGAUAUUUUUUUACAAUAUGCCUUUGUCACAUCGUACAUCAUGACCUGUCCUCGGAAUUACUUAACUUACAAAGGCUCAUUUUAUUAAGGUGUCAUGGAAGUGUGACAUUAGCUGUGUCCCAUUUCGAAAACUCCAAAUAUGGACGAUAAGUGCGUCCCACCAAUCCCAAACGAUAAGGGAUCCAAUGAGGGGAUCCUUCUAGGUUCAGUCUAUCCAAGCAGUCAUCGCACAAGCUAAAUAUGCUGGUGGCUAAACCGCAGUAAGUGCAGGAGCGCGAGCUAACGAUGCAAGCGUAAGAGUGAGACAAGCUCAUAAUGCAAAUAGGGAACUAGACCAUCUAAUCUUGGUUCGGCCUUCGUGGUCUAUUUGGUCCACAAAGGAAGGAUGUGGCUGCUGAAUUGGGACAUAGCUAGUGAGCAAAUAGGUGAGAUAUCUGAACUGAAACUGAAACACCUUAAUCGUAAACCAGCCAUCAUCUGUUUUACUGUUACUUCCUUUCUUAUCCAAAUGUGACAUCACCUGUGUAAGAGGCCUGAUGCAUCACAUCCACUUCAGUGGUUUACUACUAAAAAGUAUUCACCCCCCUAUUUGUUUUUACAUUGUUUUGUCAUGGUGGUAAAAGAAAUGAUCUGUAUUUAUGGAAACUGUUUUCUAUCAUAACAUGGAUGUUCUUUAUUUAACUCAGUAAAAUGACCUCAUUCGGUUUUCAUAUGGAAAAUGAAAAGUGGCCUCUGCUUCAGAUAAUAGAAAAAUGUAAUGUCAUAUAAGUAAUUUAUUAUUUUGAAGAUAUGCUCAUUCAGUCCAGAUGUUUAGAUUGAUCAUGUAAGUAAGCUACAACUAGCAGGUGGUUAGCUCGUUAGAAUGUGCUCGCCUAGCCCAAAAAGUAAAAUCACAGCUUCUUGUUGUUACACUUGACAGUGACGUGUUAAUAAGUUUAAUUUACAGGAGCUCGCAGCAGGUUCAAUAUAUCCCGUCAUUAUGCUAAGCAACGCUAAGAUAAGCUAAUGGUGGCUUCAGUUUUACAGUGGAAUCUUGAGAAUGGUGUAGAUCUUUUUUUAUGUAAAACUAGGAACCGAAGAAGCAUAAAAACCAAAUUGUUCCUUUCGAGGCACCUUUACAUCGCAGGUCUUCAUUCUGUAUUUUCUUACAGCAAGUAGCUAAUGCUGGUGCAACAGAAGCCAUUAAGCUUUUGACCACAAAUUUGACUUAUGGCGAAUUAUUAUAAUUUAGAAUUGGGGAAUGGGGGAAUUUCCAAUCCUGUCACCUUUAAAUCUCGUAUCCAGUCACAUUUGAUUUGUUCUCAUCUCAUAUUCGUUCAGUCGAGGUUAAAUUUGGGGAAAUAAGUGACGUACUGCAAAUUGAAUCAAGAGAACAUCAGGUGGGUUUUAAACGUCAGGAAACAUAUCAGACCAAGAACUUGAACAAAUACUGUUUCUUUGAAUGUAACAUCACAACAGAGCAAAUUAUAACUUGAGCGCAAGACUGAGCUUGUCGUCUGUCUGAACGGACGUCAUGUCCUCUGGCCACUGCAGCUUUUCUUGUGUUUCUCAUCAGACCUUUCUUUUUGAAUCUGUUCCAGAGGAUUGUGAUGAUUUGACCGAGCACUGUGUGAGGCUUUUAUGUCAGGAAUUAUAAAAACAAAACACACACGAUUGUUACGUAUAACCUAUUAACUUUAUAUGCAUUUAUUAAAGGCAUGUUCAGCAACAGACUAAAAUCAUAUACAGAAAACCUACUGUAUUACACAUGUUACUACAGGAAAUGUCCAAAUGUAUUGUAGCAAUGCUACACGAGUACGUGUAGAGAAUUCUGUUCAUGAAUUUGCCGACCUCAUUAUAUCUGGCAGGUAAAGAAAGUUGUUUUUUUUUGCCAUGAAGUGCAUUAUUCCACAAGCUGAAUGACUGUAACAUUAACUGAGGUGUGUACGAUAUAACUUUAUCUCCUUGUAGCAUUUUCACCUGUUUCCUCACUGUGCUGUUGUUCUUUAACGUGACUGUAAAACAUGUUGGAUUCUUCUGAGUGUCGCUUUUUCCAAGAUGAGUUCAUUCAAUAGUAGCAAUAAACCGAUCCAGGUCUGAA